UCUUUCGCAAUGCUGUCGUCGUGCUGUUGGAUCUCAUUCAGUUUCUACUUUCGCUCCGAAUAACUUCCAAAUUGAACAGUAAAAAUUCGUAAAAAAAAAAAAAGUAUACUAUUUUUCUAUAAAUUUAUUUUGGAAAACUUGAGUCGAAAACAUGUGUUCUCCGUGCGGUCCCUGCAGUCCCUGCGAUCCCUGCUGUGGUCCCUUCGAAUGCUCGCCCAAGUGCUACAAUGCCGCCCAACUGGAGGCCUUGCCACAAUGUGCUCCACGUAUCCCGCCACCCUUUCCCAAAUGCAUCACCGUGCAGCAACCACCUCGCAUGAUCUGCAAAAAACGCGUGGUCUUCACGGAGAAGAUAGUGCCGGAGCCUAUGGUAGUGAACCGAUGCAGGCAGAUCACCAUACCAAAGGUUGUUGACGCCACGCGGGUAAUCAAGGUGCCCAAACUGAUUUGGGUGUCGCAGAUGGUGCGAGAGCCCAGAGUAAUAUACUACCCCUCGAUGAUCCCCGAUCCCUAUGUGGUGUGCUAUCCCAAGCGCGUCUGCGAACCACGCGAGGUGUGCCAGUCGAUCCUGUGCCAGCCGAAGCCGCAGACCAUCGACAUUCCGCCGCCAAGGGAGUACUGCUGCUAUCCGAAUGGACCCAUCAACUACAAGCCCAGUGCAGCCUGCCCACCCUGCCCCAUCGGACCAUGUGCUCCUGGAGGAGCCUGCUGCCCGCUGCCCUGCUUUUCCACAAACCAGUAUCCCGUUGCCGAGGGCAGGUGCGGACCCUGUGGGCCAUGCGGUCCAGGAUGCGGACCCUGCGGACCCUGCGGACCGCGAUGUGGUCCCUGCGGACCCGGCCCGUGCGGACCCUGUGGGCCGAGAUGCGGUCCGGGUGGACCGUGCGCUGUGCCCAAUUGCGGGCCCUGCGGCCUCACAAUGCCGUCGGGUCCGUUUGUCCCGGCUCCAUGUGGACCCUGUGCUCCCUGCGGGCCAUGCGGACCGCUCGGCAACAGUCCUUGUGGUCCUUGCGGACCCUGCGGACCCUGUUCUCCCCCGUGUCCGUACGAGUCACCCGAGUGCGGCCCGUGCUACCCGUGCGCCCCAACUCCCUGGAACACCCACUGCGGUCCAGUUGGUCCUUGCGGUCCUCAGGUGCCCUGUGGUCCCUGCGGCCCCUGUUAAUAUCAUCGUUGUGCUGCCUGGAAUGUUGUCGGAAAACAGUGCCCAGUGGUCCAACUUGUCUAUCACCGAUACAGAUUACCAUAAUGUUUUCGCCGUCCUGCUACCAAUCACUACCAAAAGUCUAUAGUUCUCUAUACUUUGUUACCGCAUGGACGACUCAUUGGCUGUAAAUAAAAAUUGGAUUUA